CCAAAAUUUAUUUACCCAAAUAUGUUAUUCACACUCUUCUCUCCCGCGAUUACUGGUUCUUUUCUUACUCUCUGGCUAUUGAAAAUUUUGGGUUCGAUCUGAAUUUCUGAUUUCUAUUGAUUUGCUAUUAGCUGGCGGUUCGGAUUCAGGGUUUCGUUUUCAUCGCAGUUUGUUUGGCGGACCGCGAUUAGGGUUUUGCGGUGUUCAGAUCUGAAUUUGUAGGUCGUUUUCGUGUUUGAUUGCGAAGAUGUUCUGGCGUAUGGCAGGAUUGUCUACUGCGUCUCCAGUAGAGACAAUUUUGGAUAAAGAGAAUUUCACAUUGGAGGAGCUUCUUGAUGAGGAUGAUAUAAUUCAAGAGUGCAAAGCUUUGAAUGGACGACUUAUAAAUUUUUUGCGAGAAAGGGCUCAGGUUGAACAACUGAUUCAAUAUAUUGUGGUUGAAGGUCCUGAGGAUGCUGAAAAGAGGCGAACAUUUAAGUUUCCUUUUAUUGCUUGUGAGAUUUUUACUUGUGAGGUUGAUAUCAUCCUUAAGACAUUGGUAGAGGAUGAGGAGUUGAUGAAUUUGUUGUUUUCCUUUUUGGAACCGGAAAACUUGCAUAGCACAUUACUGGCUGGGUACUUCAGCAAGGUUGUGAUUUGUCUGUUGUUGCGGAAGACAAUUCCUUUUAUGCAUUAUAUUAAAGCACAUCAAGAAAUUAUUCCUCGGCUAGUAGACCUGAUUGGUAUAACCUCUAUAAUGGAGGUUUUAGUACGUCUCAUAGGUGCUGAUGAGCACAUGUAUACAAACCAUACUGAGUCAAUGCAGUGGAUAGAGGAAACAAAUGUACUAGAGAUGAUUGUGGACAAGUUCAGCUCUUCAGAUUGUCCAGAGGUGCAUGCAAAUGCAGCUGAAACGCUGUGUUCUAUAGCACGAUUUGCUCCCCCUGGUCUUGCUGCUAAGAUUGCUAGUCCAAAUUUUAUAGGGAGAUUAUUUCAUCAUGCUUUGGAAGACUCUCGGCCAAAGUCUGUUCUGGUUAACUCUUUGUCUAUCUUCAUAUCUUUGUUAGACCAUAAGAGGCUAACAUUGGGGACGUACUAUAUGUUCAACCGUCAGCUAGCUCACGGUUCCACAGUAACUGCAAAUCCAGAGACAGUUGAAGGAAUGCUUAGUAGCCUAGGUGAUUUACUAAAGCUUUUGGACGUGUCAUCUGAGGAGAGUGUUUUGCUAACUACUUAUGGGAAGUUGCAGCCACCUCUUGGGAAACAUCGCCUGAAGAUUGUAGAGUUCUUUUCAGUAUUGCUAACAGUUGGUAGUGAAGCGGCUGAGAAGGAAUUAAUUCGCCUUGGUGCAGUGAAAAGAAUUUUGGACUUGGUCUUUGAGUACCCAUACAAUAAUUUUUUGCAUCAUCAUGUAGAGACGAUAAUCUUAUCUUGUUUGGAGAGCAAAAAUGCUCCUCUUAUCGAGCACCUUCUUCAUGAAUGCAAUCUGGCAGGGAAAAUUCUUGAAGCAGAGAAGGAUUUCACUUUGAAAGCUGACUCAAAUAAGCCAACCAUCCCUGCUGAGGGCAGAUUGCUGCCCAGGAUAGGAAAUCUUGGACACUUAACACGCAUAUCUAACAAACUUGUGCAGCUAGGAAAUAGCAACAAUGAAAUUCAGGCAUAUUUGCAGGAAAACAGUGAAUGGAGUGAUUGGCAAAUAAACGUCUUAUCAAAACGAAACACAGUGGAGAAUGUAUAUCAGUGGGCUUGCGGGAGGCCUACAGCUCUACGUGACCAGAAUAGGGAUAGUGAUGAUGAUGAUUACCAAAAUAGAGAUUACGAUGUUGCAGCCCUGGCAAAUAAUUUGAGCCAGGCCUUUCGAUAUGGAAUUUACAGCAAUGAUGAUAUUGAUGAGGCACAUGGCUCUCUUGAACGAGAUGAUGAGGAUGUCUACUUUGAUGAUGAAUCUGCUGAAGUUGUUAUUUCUUCGCUGCGUCUGGGAGACGACCAAGAAAGUAGUUCUCUUUUUACAAAUUCCAAUUGGUUUGCUUUUGAGGAGGAAAGAAUCACCAAUGACCACUCCACUGCAUCGCUUGCUUCUCCUUUCUUUAAUAAUGAAGAAGCCGCUGUUACUAAGAGUGGAGGUGAUGAUGUGGUGGUUGUUGGGGAAGCUGAUGACUUGGAUGACACUGAAAUGUCUCCUGCCCUAGCAGAAACAAAAUCGGAACAAGCUGUUGUUGUCAAUCUGCCUAAAGAUUCUGAAGAAACAGGAACCAGUGUAACUGAAAAGCCUGCUGUGUGGGUUGAAUGGAGGGAGACUCCAGAUUCAAGUAACCCAUCUGAUGCAAGUGAACCUCUUAGUGUACCGAAUGGUGAGGUGCAGUUAGACUCGAAGGAUUUGGCUUUUGAUCGUGGCCCAGAUGCUUCCUCUUCCUCUGGUGGAACAGCAAAUGCUGAUGCCAGAGAUUUGCCCCAGUCAGAAGAUGAAAAUAAAAGCCCUAGUUCUAGUCCUUCAGAGAUUCCACAACCAGAGAACAGUAAACCAAGUCCAGAACCAAUCACUUCCACUGAGGCGAAAACAGCAGUAGAAGCAGCAGAAGGCACUCCUGAAGUAAACAAGAGGGAUGAAGAGAUGAAAGAAACAUUAAACUGAUGUAUAUACAACAACUAACUCACACUGCAUAAUAUUCCAUGUAGUGAGAAGAUGAAUAUUGAAAGAUUGGCCUCUGUACUUUUGGAGCCUUCUUCUGUAAAUUGUCUAAGUAGGCUUGAUUCUUUCUCCUCAGUCAUUGAAGAGAGUUUUUACCCUGCCAGAUGAUGAGGGGACUUUUUAGAAGUAUUGCAUUGCAACAUUUAAUGAAUUAAUUUUAGCUUUUAGGUAGGGAUUCAGAAAUGGAAUUUGUGAACUGAAUCGUACACAGCAUUUUCAAUACAAUAAUCUGUUCAUGUCUA